AUGAAAGAGGUGAUGAAUCUCAAAUCACCUACACCCGUGGUUGGCCGAGGGCAAGUUGGGGCAACGGACAGACAAGCAGCCAACCAUAACCAGAGACAGAGGAGUUUCUCCCGCCCUGACCAGGACCGGAGGAGGAUGCAGGAAGUCCAGGAGCCACUCUCAGGGAGCAACCUUCACGUUCAACACGGCACACCGGCUCUCUCCCCGGCAGAGGAAGGACCAGCAAGAGGACCAGGAGGGAGAGGGAGGUCAGUGCUUUCUGGAAGGGGAUGGAGAGACAUGGAUGCAGUGAGGCCAGCCUGGGUGGGGGGAGGGGCUGCUGCCCAGGGGGAGGCCUGGCCUCUGGCUCCCACCCAGGGGGUCGUAGAAACAGCUGGUGGCAGCAGCACAGGCCGAGGGAGGCGGCAGGGGCCGGCUGGGCUGGCCGAGCUACAGAGGGGCUUCCUGCAGUGUCCAGCCACAGGUACCUUGGAGCAGCCCUGGGCUGAGAAAUCUGAAAACCCCUCCCUUCCUGGGCUGUGGGCGGGGUGCUUGGAACACUUUCAGUUUUGUUUCUCUGCCUGCGAGAACCGAAACUCCUCGAAACAGAAGGACUCCGCAGAGCAGAACAUGGAGGGAAACUUCCAGGUGUGCAGGAACUGCAAAAGAAGUGUGGCCCCUGGCCACUUGGCCCUCCAUGAGGCCUACUGUCUGCUGUUCCUGGUCCUCUGUCCAGAGUGCAAGGAACCCGUCCUGCAGGAUAAGAUGGAAGAGCACCGCCGGGGCGGGCACCAGCAGGUGGGGUGCGCCAUGUGUCAGCAGAGCCUGCCGAAGCACUUGCUGGAGAGUCACGAGGCCAAGGAAUGCCAGGAGCGCCCCGUCGAGUGCCAGUUCUGUGAGCUGGCCGUGCGCCUCAACAAGGUGGACAUCCACGAGCGCCACUGCGGCAGGCGGACGGAGGUCUGCCCAGGCUGCGGCCAGCGGCUCGCGCUCCACACGCUGGCCCGGCACAGAGAUGAGUGUCGGGGCGAGCAGACCCGGCGCCAGAAAGGGAAGAGAAUUCCAGCUCCUGAAAGCAACAUCUGCUGCCAUUAUUGCAACCAAACGAUCCCAGGAAAUAAGUAUUUCCACCAUAUGGACAGAUGCCGUCCAAUCUCAGAUUCUGUGACAUAUUCUCCAGUUGGGAAACCAGAUAUUCCUCCUUCAUCCCUUUCAAGUCAGGCUGCUGAAGAUCAAACUUCCACAGCAGAGAAAGACGUCCGUCCAAAGACGAAAAAUACAAGCAGAUUUCCCCUUCUUUCUGAAAAGUCAACACGGCAAGCACCAAGAGGCACAAACAAAACCACGGAUCUGCCUUUGAAGUCUGAUGGCAGGCUCAGGGCCUCCUCUCCUGUAGAAGACGAGACAGCCUAUGACAUUCUGAGGAGGUGUUCUCAGUGUGGCAUCCUACUUCCCCUGCCAACCCUAACCCAACAUCAGGAGAAAUGCUGGUGGUUAGCUUCAUCAAAAGGAAAACAAGUGAGAAGUUCCAGCUAGCUUUGGAAAAGAAAAG